GGCCCGGCCUUCCCCGCAGGCACUGCAGGCACUGCAGGCAGGCCGAUGCCGGGCAGUAUCAAGCCGGCCGCCGCGCCGCACGCCGCAGGACCCACAGACGCACAGGACAGCGCCCUGUACCCGGAAUGUAUGCCCGCCGCGACCGAGGUCGAGGCCGCGGAGGCCCGGUGGCCAUGGCGAUGGCCACGCCGUUCGUCCCCGCGCCGCAGUGGGUGCACUGCCACUUCGGCGAGGUGCCACCGCAGGCCGUGGACGCGGGCAACGACGUGAACGGCGAGAGGCUGUACGUGUGCCGCGCCUUCCACGAGGGCGACACCAUCCCCGGCAAGCUGGUCGCCUCGCACCGCGGCGCCUACGUGAGCAGGGACGGCAAGGAGCACAAGAAGGACUACUACGAGGUCCUGGUGGGCGGACGGGUGUCCUGGGUGCGGGGCAGCAACGGCCAGGUCCCGGCCAACGCGCUCGUCGCCGGUAGGACCGUGCAGGGCGAGAACCUCUACGUGGGCAGGUUCCGCCACGCCGGCACCAUGACGCCCGGCAAGGUUCAUGUCAGUCAUCGAUGCUGCUACAUCCCGUACGGCGGAAAUGAGGUUUCCGCCACUAGCUAUGAAGUAUUGGUAGCUUAAAAGAACUUACAAAUAUCUAGAGCUGUUCCCGAAUCCAUUUUAUUGUACGUACAAGUUUGAGAGUACCAUUCAAUGCGCUUCCAGUAAAAGACAGCAUUUGUUUUGAACAAAAAAAAGGCAGUGACAAGGCAAUGCUACAACACUGAUUGUAAAAAAUAAAUUGAACCUGCAGAUGCAGGAAGAAGAAAAAGAAUUAACAUCUCAUGGAACAAUUCUACUCAGACUAUGGAAUCAAACAAAUUGUUUUACUUUAAAAACAGCCAGAUUUAAUUUUCAAAUUAAGACUAGAACAAUAUCUUCAAA